AUGAAAGCCAAAGUACUGACUGUACAUUGGCACCAGGAGAACCAGCCUAUAUAUAGUGCACACUUCCAGCCCAUUGGCCCGUCUAUUAAUCCUCCUGGUCAUGAGUAUUCAGCGAGAUUAGCCACAGCAGGUGGUGAUAACAAUAUCCGAAUAUGGAGACUAGAAUAUAGCCAAGGAGUCGUAAAAGGAGUACAGUAUCUAGCAACACUAGCAAAACAUUCGCAGGCUGUGAAUGUUGUGAGAUUCGAUCCUAAAGGAACUACACUGGCUUCAGCCAGUGACGACGGCACAGUUCUAUUAUGGGCACUUCAGGAUUCUAAAACUACAGCAUAUGCCAAUUCGAAAUAUGAUGGCACUGACGAGUCGGAUUUGGAGGUAUGGAAACUACGACACGCAUGUCGAGGGGGUGGACAGAGUUCAAGUGAGGUUUAUGAUGUGGCUUGGUCACCGGAUUCUCAGUAUAUUAUAGCCGGUCAGGUGAAUAAUGUAGCUCGAAUUUACAAUGCUAGUAAUGGACAAUGCAUCAGAGAACUUGUCGAACAUUCACAUUAUGUGCAAGGAGUAGCUUGGGAUCCGCUAAAUGAAUAUCUAGCUACCCAGUCUUCGGACCGGUCAGUUCAUAUCUACACUUUAAAGACGAAAGAUGGCAAGUAUACACUCAACAAUCCAUCGUACAAAAUCUCUACUCCGUUCAAGAUUUCCCGAGCAGACCUUCCAACAGUGCGAAAAAAUGAAGUUGAAGGUGGUUCAGCAGAAAAAGCCAAUGGAACUAGUUCUGCUUCAACGAGUAUUGCAGGUACUGCAACGGGAACUGGGUCUUCAGUGGUAGCAACAACACCGUCAUCAUCCAACGCUACCCAUCCUCCUCAAUCAGCUCUGACUCCUAAUUCCAGUGGAUCAACAAUAUACCCGUCAGCAUCCACUCCGUCAGCAGCAACUAAUUUCUCGACAUCUCCUCCAGAUACUCCUAGAUCCACCGGAUCCAUGAACCCACCUCCACAGUCGGCAUCUCGAACACAUUCGCGAAAAUCGUCGUUUUCUUCUUUAAAUCGACCGGAAUCUCCAAGUCCUGCUUUCCCUCUACCAGCUGUCAGGCAAACAGGCUCGCCAAUCAUCCAGCCAGCCUCAUUAGCAGGUUCAUUUUCUGGAUCUACACCAUUCUCACUCAGUACCAAUUCAAGCACAUCUCCUUCUAUCCCCAUGGCACAGCUCGCAACAGCGGGUGCUUCACCAUCUGGCAGCAGUGUUGGUGCAUUGAGUCCCGCUCCUACCAUCCCACUCAUACGGUCAAGCAUGCUAUAUCAUAACGAAACAUUCACAUCGUUUUUCAGACGACUGACGUUUUCUCCCGAUGGAAGUCUGCUAUUCACACCUUCUGGCCUCUACAAGUAUUCUAGUCGUACCGCUUCAGAUGGAAGCAUCACAGCCAACUGUGCAGAGGAAACGACCAAUACUGUCUAUAUCUAUACCCGAGCUGGGUUCAACAAACCACCUGUAGCACAUCUCCCCGGACUUCAUAAACCAUCACUGGCAGUCAAAUGUUCGCCAAUUCUCUAUAAACUGCGAGAAUCACCCGCCCAGUUUGCAAAGACGCAGAAAGUGACAUUAAAAUCCGACGAAACAGAAGGUGCAACCGAUACAGCCACAGCAGCAUCAGCAGCAGAACAAAAUAUUAAUGAUCAAAGUAGUCAUAUCGACAGUCCAGUGUUCAAUCUCAAAUAUCGAGUAGUUUAUGCGGUAGCCACUCAGGACGCUGUUAUUGUGUACGACACGCAACAAAAACACCCAUUGUGUAUUGCCAGUAACCUCCACUACGCUACAUUCACCGAUCUAGCCUGGACCCCUGACGGCAAUACACUUCUCAUGACCUCUACUGAUGGUUUUUGCUCGACACUCUCCUUCGAAGACGGUGAAUUAGGUGAAGUCUAUGUCCCCCCUAACCAGCUAUUAUCCGAGUCAUCGACAUUCGCAUCUCCCAAAACUCCUAUUUCUACAACUACCUCAGACAGUCUUACACCCUCAGCAACCUCACAUCCAACAAUCCCACCAUCCAGUCCCGGCAAGUCUACCGUACACAUCCACCAGUCCAAGAUCACGGCAGGUCCAACCUCCAGCUCCAACUCCACCACCUCAGCCACAUACUCAGCAGCAUCUCCACUACCAGCCGACCCUGCUCUGAUUCCCGUUCUAUCACACGUCCCAUCCAUUUCAGUCGGCAGUGCCUCACGGAUCUCGAAGAAGCCCCGACCGCUUCCUCUGAAGAUUUUGGAAGCGCCAGCAGCAGUGGCUAAGAUUCCUGAGGAUCUUAGGAAGAACCCGCUGUUUAAUGCUAUUCAUCGACCUACGGUACGGAAAUUUCAGUCGCGACAGAAAUUACAAUUACAGAUUGCGAAAGAGAAACAGGCUGCUAGGGGACAUAGUGUCCACCCAUCCACUACCACGGCCACCAAAAGAUCCAGCUUUCCAAAGGGUCCUUCAGCGCUAUCAGCACCAGGAAAGAAAUCGUUUCCUGCAACGGCACCUUCUCGAUUCUCUAAAGAGCCAGUACGAAACAUUUCAUCGUCAGAUCUGGGCUCAACCACGAACUCACUCUCGUCACAUAAGCAGAAACAGAAACUAGGGGGUAAAGGUUCAUCUCAGGACUUGCUUUCUCGUGUGAAUUCUAAUGGCGGUAACGGCGAAUCAAUUUCUAAAGGGCCUAAAACACCACCGCCAUUUUCGAGCAGGGUUCCUGCCAAGAAUAAACCACCCAGAAAAUCUGCUUCUGCUGCUGCUAAUAUAGAUAGGGGAUCAUACAAGUCACAGUCACGUUCAUCUCACGAUAACAUGGAUGAGGAUGACGAGUAUGAUAUUGUGAAUGAUUCGUACAAUGGUCGAGGAAGUAAUAAAAGCAGAAAACAGUAUGAUGAAGAGCGGAGUAACGAAUAUAGCGACAAGCACCGUGACAGUCGUAAAUUUCAGCGUCAACAACCACGACAACAAUCUGACGAUGAAGAUCUCAUAUAUAAACGCAAUGGCUCACGAGGUAGUUCUGAUACACACGGAUUACCCCGAUCUGAAGGAUCCGGAGGUAAUAUUCAACCACCACCACCACCACAACAAGAAGUAUUUCAGUCAUCACUACAAUCACCACAAGUGCUUUCUAUCCGCUAUGCCUCGAAACCACCUAUUGUCCAAGUGCGAAAUCUCGCUCCCGGAACCACUGCCGAGGAUCUCACCACCGUCCUCGAGCGAGUAGGACCUGUACAAGAAUGCCGAGUACGAGACACCACCAACUCGGUGAUGGCUGAAGUGCUCUUUGCAAGUGGACCCGAUGCGGAAUCGUCUCAACAACAGCUGGAUGGCUGCUAUGCCGACGGCCGACUCAUCAGCGCCCGAAUCGUGCGAGAAUACUCGAUCCCCGAGUACAUCUCGGCCAUCAAACCCAUCAUCGCACCUCCCUACGUGGGCUCCUGGGAGGGCCCACCACUGUACAGUGACAAUGCGCGACAGCGAGCGCCUCUGUAA